AUGGAAUCAACUCCCACAACACAAAAAGCUUUAGUACUUCAUGCUCGUGAUAAACCAAUGUCGUUGGAGCAAGUACCAAUUCCUCGAGCAAAAGCAGGUCAAGCAGUUGUUAGAGUGUUGGCUGCAGAUAUUGUACCUUAUAUGAAUGAAGUCCUAACAGGUGCACUGCCAUAUCCAUUGUCACUUCCAAUGACACCAGGUAAUACUGCCAUCGGUAGAGUUCAUGAAGUCGGACCUGAUUCAGUACUUCUUAAACCUGGUCAAUUGGUUUUGUGCGAUAUUACUAUUCGUGGUAGAGAUAAUCCACAUGUAACCAUUCUCUUUGGUAUUCAUGGAGGUGGAUAUCCAGAAGCACAAAAGUUGAUGGAUGGUGAAUGGAGAAAUGCAACCUAUGCUGAAUACACCACUCUCCCACUUGAGAACCUUUAUAGAUUGAAUGAAGAUGUAUUGACAAACCAAUUUAAAUACUCGAUUUCAGAUCUCUGUUUGUUACCAGUCUAUCUUGUUCCUUUCGGUGGUUUAUCAGAUGGAGAAGUCAAGCCUGGAGAAGUUGUUAUUGUAGCUCCUGCAACUGGAAGAUUUGGUGGUGGUGCUGUUGCUGUUGCAUUGGCAAUGGGUGCAACAGUUAUUGCAGCUGGUCGUAAUAAGUCUGCAUUGGAAUUGUUGGAGAAAAUCCAUGGACAUACUGGUAGAUUAAAGACUGUUGUUGUAACUGGCGAUGAAGCAGCCAACGCCAAGGCAUUCAAAGAAGCAUCACCAAAUCCACUUGGAGCAGAUGUUUACAUUGAUUUCUCACCAUUUGCGUCUGCAGGAAACACACUCCUUAAUUCGGGUGUGGCUGCAUUACGUCCAUCUGGUCGUGCUGUUAUUAUGGGCGGAGUAUCAGGAAACAUUACUCUACCAUAUCUUGAUAUCAUGUUCAGAAGUAUCCGUAUACAAGGUCGUUUCAUGUAUGACCGUAAACAUAUCAUCCAAUUGAUUCAAAUGGUAGAAUCUGGACUCUUGAAGCUUGGUACUCAUGUUGGUGUUACAACCACAAAAGAAUAUAAAUUAGAAACCAUUAAUGAAGCACUUUCAGAGGCGUCCAAGUUAACUGGAUGGGGUAGUCAUGUUGUGUUGCUUCCUUAA